CUUGGAGUCAUCCAUGACCGCCGGCGAAUGUCCACGCCAUGGCUGGAAGGAGGAUCAACUCUGUGAGCGUCCCCGCGAGGGCGAUGGUGAGGCCUCCAUCGUGGUCGAUUGUUUAGCGCACAAGCUUCGGGGAUCGGUCAAGGUCUUGGCCUUCAGGGAGCUUCCGCAGUUUGCCAUGGAGCGCGUGCAAGUGGAGUCUGCGGAAGAUCUUUGGCCCUUGAUUACUGGGACUCGGGAGCUUUAUUUGAAGGGCCUUGACAUGGAUGAGAUGCACAGUUCCCUGGUGGCAAGGGAGCGCGGCUGCGUGGCGGCCUGGCUGCAGACGAAGUUGCAGCCGCAAUUUGCUUGCCCAAUUGAAGUCACCAGCGAGAGUGCCUCGCAUCAUGGUAAGGUGCUGGCACGAUUUGCGGGAGCAGAGGAGCCGGCUAAGACCUGGCAACGCUUCUACAGCACCUUUCAUAUUGAUCACAAACAAAAUACCGCUUCAAUUGAGGAGGGGGUUCAAGUGAAUGUGUGGUUGAACCUUGCCGAGGAACCGAUUUCAGAUUUCAACUUGGGUUUUCUUGCAAGGGAUGGGCGUAUGGUUGCUGGGCAGGAUUUGCCAAGGUUAAGCUUGGAGGACAUGAACGAUGUCAGCGUUCGGUACCAACCAAAUCUGAGAGGAGAUCAAGCGCUGAUCUUCCAAUCAACCGGUGCUGACGCAGUGGUUCAUGGCUGCUUUCGCUUCCAAAAUGCAGAACAAGUGACCCACUCUCCGCGGUUUUCCCUGGAGUUUCGUGUGCUCCUCCGGGCUUCGGCAGACGGGUAGGCUUUGUCGCUAAAUCCCACAGCUUAGAGAUGGACAGAGAUGUCUGGUGGAAGACGUGACAUGUCAAAGCUCCGGCCAGCCUUGAGAUGAGCUGGGUAGCCAUCCUGAGGUCAUGUCUGCUGUGUGGCAUUUUGGGCCGCCAACUUCGUGUUUUUGACCAGCGAGAGUCAGACAAAUUUAGCUUGAGGAAGUGGAGAAGGACAUGAGAAGACCUGAAAACGACCUGAUGACGCAUGCGGCCGCGGCGACAGCUUACGAUCCGCAUGGUUGAAGCUCCCAGAAGAUCCACACGGAUCUUCCUCCAUGACGAUCCCUCAAGACCGAGUGACAAGGCGAGGCCUUCCAAGGUCAGGCGGUGCUUGUGCUGGGC